UCGUAGACUUAUUUGGAGUUAUGAUUGUGAGAAAACAACAAGAAAAAAUAAAAUUGUCAACUCUUUUGUAAAAGAAGCAUUUCUAGAAAUUAUUUAAGGUUACUGAUUAUUUAAUUAUUGAUGUGCAUUACGUCCUGUAAUAAAUAAGUAUUUUAAAUGUUUAAAGAAGUUAAUCAGAUAUAUUUUGUACUAAAAUGAGUAAGCAUAUGUAUUCCACACAAAAUUUAACUGAUAAAGAAUUAAAAGAACAAGGUAAUCGAUUGUUUAGUUUAAGGAAGUAUGAUGAUGCAGUUUCGUGUUACAGUAAAGCCAUUAUAAAAAAUCCAAAUGUUGCUGUGUAUUUUACAAAUCGAGCACUAUGCUGGUUGAAAUUGCAAAGGUGGGAUGCUGCAAGUGCAGAUUGUCGCCGUGCACUCGAUAUGGACGGCACGCUUGUAAAGGCUCAUUUUUUUCUAGGACAAUCUCUCUUGGAACAGGACUGUCUCGAUGAAGCUAUAAAACAUUUACAUCGAGCAAUGGAUUUAGCAAAGGAACAGAAAAAAAAUUUUGGCGACGAUAUCGCUUUACAAUUAAGGACAGCUCGAAAGAAACGGUUUGCAAUUCAAGAAGAAAAACGUAUUGCUCAAGAAAUUGAAUUACAAUCAUAUCUAAAUAAAUUACUCCGUGAAGAGACUGAACGACAGCUAAGUGUUUUAAAUACAGAUGAUCCAAAUGAUCAAGAGAAGGCAAAACAGAUUGAAGAGCAAUGUGAUACAUAUGUAAAUGAACUGAAUUCCAUUUUUUCAAAAGUUGAUGAACGGCGAAGGAAAAGAGAUGUUCCAGAUUUCUUAUGUGGAAAAAUUAGUUUUGAAAUUUUGCAAGAUCCUGUUAUAACACCAAGUGGAAUCACUUAUGAACGAAAAGAUAUUGAGGAACACUUACAGAGAGUUGGUCAUUUUGAUCCUGUUACCAGAGUAAAAUUGACUCAAGAUCAAUUAAUACCAAAUUUUGCCAUGAAGGAGGUUGUGGAUGCAUUUAUUCAAGAAAAUGAGUGGUCGUUAGAUUAUUGAUUAUUAUUUAAUGGUGUAUAAUUAUGAAUUUUUAAAAA